UGCAAAGCACGCUUGUAACUUCCUUUUAUAACGAGGUCGUGUUUAUUUGCUGCACGUUAUUUCACCAUCAACAAAAACACGACCGAAGAACAUCAAAUAACCGCACAAACAUGCCUCAAAACGAACAUAUAGAACUACAUAGAAAACGUCAUGGCUACAGACUGGACUAUCAUGAGAGAAAGAGGAAGAAGGAGGGGCGUCGUGCCCAUGAAAUGGCAGAUAAGGCAAAGAAACUCAGAGGAAUAAAAGCUAAACUACACAACAAGAAAAGACAUUCAGAAAAAGUACAGAUGAAGAAAACAAUUAAGAUGCAUGAAGAGAGAAAGACAAAACAGAAGAAGGAUGAUGUAGUGCCUGAUGGAGCCGUCCCUGCCUACCUGCUGGACAGGGAGGGACAGAGCCGUGCUAAAGUCCUGUCUAAUAUGGUGAAACAAAAGAGGAAGGAAAAAGCUGGCAAAUGGGAUGUGCCUAUUCCAAAGGUACGAGGAGUUAGUGAAGCAGAAGUAUUUAAAGUUAUAAAAACAGGAAAAACAAAACGAAAAGGGUGGAAAAGAAUGGUUACAAAAGUUUGCUAUGUUGGAGAAGGAUUCACAAGAAAACCACCAAAGUUUGAAAGGUUUAUAAGACCCAUGGGUUUACGGUUUAACAAAGCUCAUGUUACACAUCCUGAACUUAAAGCCACAUUCUGUCUGCCAAUCAUCGGAGUAAAGAAAAAUCCAACAUCGACCAUGUUUACCUCACUAGGAGUAAUCACAAAAGGAACUGUUAUAGAGGUCAACAUCAGUGAGCUUGGUCUAGUCACACAAGGAGGAAAAGUUAUUUGGGGAAAAUAUGCACAGGUAACCAACAAUCCAGAGAAUGACGGUUGUAUUAACGCUGUGUUAUUGGUGUAAACCGUGGGACAGGACGCGAUAAAAUGUACAUCUGUGUGCAGUCAUGAUGAAGACAAUUGUACCAUUUGACUACAAAAUUGAGACUAUUAUGGGCAUCUAAUCACACUACAGUAACUUCAUUUUGGCAGGCUAAGAUUUAUUCAAGGAGUAAUGUUGAUUCUGUAUUUCAUGAUAUUAUACACAAAAUCUUAACAAUAUGCAUAUGAUCUUGUAUAAAAGUUUUUGAACUCUUCCAUACAAAUAAGAAAUCUCAUAGUCAGAUAUUUUGCAGUUAACCUAAUAUAUAUAAACAAUGACAUUAGGAACCGAAAUAGUGGCCUUUAUCAAGUUUUUUGUAUUACACGAACAACGUAUAGAGGUGGCCUUCAGGUCAUAUUUGACUGGACCCAUAUAAUUUUUAUUAAAGCAGAAUUGGAAUUGCAUUUUGGAAAAAUCUUGUCCUGCCAUAUGACAAGACAUGCACGAUUCAGUAAAGACCAGUCAAUAUCUUUAAUCUUAAAGGAAAGGAAAAAGUUGAGUAGUUAACCUCAUAUUGUAGUUCAUCAUGUCGUAAACAACUCUAAUUUGUGUAUACUGGGAUGUUGUACUUCUGAAUAAAAUGACGUUAAUACCAGUAUAUACCACAAUCUGUCAGAAUACAGGAGGCAUCUAGAGGCAAGAAGAAUAGAUUCGAAAGUGAAAAAUAUGUUUAAUGUGCAGCAAAUAACAUUUAACAUGUUGAAAACAUUCAAAUAAAGAGGUAUUUUUCCAAUAAAUAUAUUGGAAGAUUAUCAAAUGAAAAA